ACUAACCAGCUUCAAAUUGAUGCAUUUAACCCCGGAAACACUUGAUCCCCACCAUUUCUCUAUAUUGUUAUACUCUCUCUCUACUCUCAUCCCUGUUCUCGUCCACAAUUUUCGCUUACCGUUGUUCCACUUCAGCUUUACCAUGAACACCGAAGCAGUGGUAGAAUUUUUAGGCAACGUUACGUUGCUGCAGAGAUUACCGAGUUCUUUGUUCAAGAGAAUAGCUGAAGUCGUAAAGUUUAAGCACUAUGAGAAAGGAGGUUAUGUCGUUCGUGAAGGUGAAGUUGGAGAUGGAAUAUAUUUCGUAUGGGAAGGAGAGGCUGAAGUCUGUGGAUCAGUCCAUGCUGAGGAAGAAAACCGACUUGAGUAUCAGUUGAAACGAUAUGAUUACUUUGGCCAUGUUACUUCCACAUCUGUUCACGUGGCAGAUAUAAUCGCAUUAACUAAGUUGAUCUGCCUGGUGCUACCUCACGAACACUGCAGUUUACUUCAGUCAAAAUCUAUCUGGAGUGCAGAUAAGACGCUUGAGACCUCUGCACUUGUGGAAAGUAUAUUGCAUUUGGAGCCAAUAGAAUUGAACGUUUUCCAAGGAAUUACUUUGCCAGAUGCACCGAAAUUUGGGAAGGUCUUUGGAGGACAGUUGGUUGGACAGGCAUUGGCUGCAGCAUCGAAAACUGUUGAUUCUCUUAAAAUUGUCCAUGGUUUGCAUUCUUAUUUUCUUAUGGUUGGGGAUUUUAAUAUACCAAUAAUAUAUCAAGUUAGUCGUCUACGUGAUGGUAGAAACUUUGCUACCCGUAGAGUAGAUGCAAUACAAAAAGGAAACAUCAUAUUCACAUUACUAGCUUCUUUUCAGAAAGGAGAAGAAGGGUUUGAUCAUCAAGAAGCAACGAUGCCAUCUGUUCCAGCUCCAGAUGUGCUUCUGUCAUUGGAUGAGCUACGAGAAUUACGUCUCACUGAUCCCUGUCUUCCUAUGAGUUACCGGAAAAAGGUUGCCACAACAAAAUUUGUUCCUUGGCCCAUAGAGAUAAGGUUUUGUGCACCUAACACUAACACAAACCAGACUAAAUCUGACCCAAGUUUGAGGUAUUGGUUUAGAGCCAAAGGAAAACUUUCUGAUGAUCAUGCUUUGCAUAGAUGUGUAGUGGCUUUUGCUUCAGAUCUGAUAUUCAGCUCUGUCAGUUUAAAUCCACACCGCAGAAAGGGUUUUAAGUCAGCUUCCCUUAGCCUGGACCACUCAAUGUGGUUCCACCGGCAAGUUAGGGCUGAUGACUGGUUAUUAUUUGUGAUUGUAAGCCCUACAGCCUGCAUCACCCGUGGCUUUGUUUCCGGCCAAAUGUUCAACAGAAAGGGAGAGCUUGUUGUAUCAUUAACUCAAGAAGCACUGCUUAGGAUGGUUAGGUCCCCUAACCCCCCAGCUGUAUCAAAGCUUUGAGCUUCUGUAUAUUAUUUUAUGCAUAAAGACCCAUGCGGGAAGAAUCCUGGUGUAUCUUUUUGCGUUAAGGUUCUGAGGUUCCUAGCAUAGAUUCAAUCCUCAUUAAUAUUAAUCUUAUUUAUUAAACAAAGAAUCCAAAGGCAAUAUAGUGUGAGGGCAUGGAUUUGGUACAAAGUUUCACAAUUACAACCCUUUCGUGACUAUUGCCAUUAUCUCUCUUCCGUCUCGCUGUUUUUCAUGGUUGAACUUGAAUAACAUUUUACUUCUGUUGGAAAUUCUAGAAUUCACAUUUGAUCUUUAUCAUAUUAGUGGAGCCCAGGGAUUUUUGUAGACAUAAAAGCAAAUUUUACUAGUAGUAAUUACAUUAUAUAGAUAUGAAGAAAAUUGCAGCUUGAGAUACUAAAAAAUAUUGCAAGAGUUGAAUUUGAGUCUCAGAUUUGUUUGUAGUUACAUAAAUUAAUUUGAUUAAGUUUCAGAUUCAAUUUUUUUUCCUCAAGGAAAAGGAAACGCAAUCAAUAAAAAGCUCACUUCAAGUUCAAGGGCAAAAAUGAAAGAAAAUGAAAAUUUCCGUUACCAGCAAGAGAAUCAAAUUAGAAAUUGAUGAUUGGAUAUUGGGAAAAGCUUAUAUUAGUGCAUUCACUAAAAACCUCUAUUUGGGCUGACAUGUAGGCCCAAAGGAAACUUAGGUUGCCUUGGCUAGAGUCCCUCGAGAUUAUCAUACUGUCCUGAACUGUGUUUCGAGGAGAUGGAGGGACUUGGUGCACAGCAAAGAGUGGCAUGCUUAUCGUAUAAAGCAUAAU